CUUGAGUAUAUAUAACUGCCAAGUCCAAAUUGUAUCAAUUGUUUCUGAUAUUGUUAUCAACAUAAUUUCAACUUAUCCACCUUCUUCCACUGAAAACCGCCACCAUGUCGUCGACCCGAACACAGAUGUUCCCUCCGUCGCCUACUUUUACGGAGGAUUCUUUGCCCUCCCUAUCUUCCCGAGUCUAUAUCAUCACCGGUGCAACUUCUGGAGUCGGUUUUGAACUCGCCAAGAUCCUCUACUCCAAGUCCGCAGUCGUCUAUCUUGCUGCCCGAAACGGCUCGAGGAUUACGUCAUCAAUCCAAGCCAUCAAAGAAUUGUUCCCCCAAUCCACUGGCCGUCUGGAGGCCCUGGAGGUCGAUCUAUCUGAUUUGCAGAGCAUUGCACCAGCGGUAGAGCGCUUCAAGGGAAAGGAGACUAGACUCGAUGGUCUGGUGCUGAAUGCAGGAGUAAUGACUCCACCAGAUGGGAGCAAGUCCAAGCAGGGACAUGAGCUCCAAAUGGGAACAAAUUGUCUGGGGGGUUAUACUCUGCUGCGCCUGUUGGGGGACGCGCUUAUAAGCACUGCGAGUCUUGCGGAAAAAGCCAGUGUGCGAGUCGUGUGGCUGGCGAGUACCAUGAUGGGGAUCCCCGAAGCCGGUGGCAUUGUCUGGGACGAGGCAAAGAACGAGCCAAAGGUUGUGAAGAGCCAAAUGGAAAAUUACAUGAUGACCAAGGUCGGAAAUAUUCUCUUGUCGCAUGACGCAGCAAUGCGACUAGGGACCCAUGGAGUCAUCUCUGUGUCGGUCAAUCCAGGAUUCCUCAAGACAGAACUUCAACGACAUCUCCCAGCUCCAGCUGCCUUCGUCAUGGGUAUGGUGUUCAAACCAGCCAAGUUUGGAGCGUACAGUGAAUUGUUCGGAUUACUGUCCCCAGAGAUCACAUCUGAAAAGAAUGGCUCCUUCAUCAUCCCUUGGGGUCGCUUCGGGCGUCUCCCAUGCGGCAUUCAAUCUGCGUUGAAGACCAAGGAGCAGGGGGGCACUGGUGUGGCUCAGCGCUUCGUCGACUUUUGCGAGCGAGAAACUACGGCAUACAAAUGA